ACGGAGCUGUGGCCACCACACCCUUCCCCUCCUCCCCCAGCUCCAGCCUCCUAGGGUUUCCUCCCGAUCCGACCUCCACCUCCAUGGCCAAGACCAAGCAGGGCACCAGGGGCGUCGAAUCCUACACCAUCAGGGGCACCACCAAGGUCGUCCAAGUUGGGGACUGCGUGCUGAUGCGGCCGUCCGACACGGACAAGCAGCCGUACGUGGCAAGGGUCGAGAGCCUGGAGUCGGACGGGCGGGGCGGCGUGCGGGUGCGCUGCCGGUGGUACUACCGCCCGGAGGAGUCCAAGGGCGGCCGCCGCCAGUUCCACGGGGCCAAGGAGCUCUUCCUCUCCGACCACUUCGACACGCAGAGCGCCCACACCAUCGAGGGCAAGUGCAUCGUCCACUCCUUCAAGAACUACACCAAGCUCGAUAACGUCGGCCAGGAAGAUUUCUUCUGCCGAUUCGAGUACAAGGCGGCCACCGGCGCCUUCACUCCUGACCGUGUCGCCGUGUACUGCAAGUGCGAGAUGCCUUACAACCCUGAUGAUCUCAUGGUGCAGUGUGAGGGAUGCAAAGACUGGUUUCAUCCAACCUGUAUGGGAAUGACCAUUGAGCAGGCCAAGAAGAUAGAUAAUUUCCUGUGCGCAGAUUGUGCUAAAGAAAAUGGCACAAAGAGACCUUCAAAUUCAUACCCGAGCUCACCAAGUUCUGAUUCUAAGGCUGAGCCGAAAAGGCGGAAGAGGUAAUUUCUCUCGACAAAAACCAUCCCCGGUGAGGAGAUGCACUGUUUAUGGCGCCAGCUCCUGUUGCUGGUGCAAACUAAAACGUGGCGGUGUACAGUGCACAAGAAGAGGAGCUAGGGUAUUUAACUGUAGGACUGAAGUUAUGUGUUGUUGUAUCCCGGGAGCGUUUCCUGCAAUCUAGUAGGUGUCUGCGAGUGGAAAGAAGUCGGGAAACGUAGUGUCAGUGGCUCUUGUCAAAGUAGCCCUUGUGUGGUGUACUGCUGUCAGCUUGUGUUGUUAGCCUGUUCCCUGCAGGAAACGUUCUCCCGCGUGAAUGAUGAUAGCUUGACUGCUGGUUGUAGUUCAGAUGUGUCAAGAGUUCUAUGAACUGGUGACCUGACGAUGUAUUUAUGCUGUUUCAAUAAUCCUGCAAGAGUUUCUUCUGUUA